AUGAGUACCUUUACUCCAGAACUAUGGGAGCCUCAGCUUCUCAACAACCAUUGCCGAGCUCCUCAGCGUCGGGCUGAUUCAAGACGACCAUCGGCAUCAACAUCAAAUGCAAAUGGUGGAAAUACUAGUCCAACAAAUCCAACCAACCCUACUAAUACUACCAAUGUCAACAACAGUAGCCACCAAUCGUCUCGCUCCUCUUCCCCUGGUCCCGAACGUAAACCGUCAAAGAAGACUGCCUUGGGAAAAAACAAUGAAUUUGCAUACUCAAUGUCAAACAUGUUUUCCGAUCCAAAGUCCGUCGAUGAAAUGGACUUGGACGAUGAACAAAUAGGCUCCUUACUUGCUAAGCAGGGCUUCAAAUGGACCAUCCUCCAUCUAGCUGAUGACGACGUCGAAAAGACUCAACCAAUGGGACCACUCAAAGUCCACUCUGGUCGAUUCUUUGCUCAAGACUCAGACGAAUCAGAAGACGAAGACCAUAAAGGCUCUGAUGAACACGACAAGGAAGAAGCACCUCGUAGAUCCACAUCAACAAAGAAACCGAGCCCUCUAGUUCCAAAACCCGAAUCCAUCAAUACUUCGUCGUCAAUCCCAGUAGUAGAUGAAGAACCCUACAAGGAAGUACGACGAGCGUCAUCCAGUCAUAGUUUAUUUAGAGACUUUUUCCUACGUCACAAGGAAUCAAAGCCUGAUCUCGCAAACAACAACAAGGAUGGCAGUGUCUCAAACAACGCCGAUAAGACUAGUAGUGCCAAUAGUAGCAUGUACGGAUCAUUAGGUCGAACCAGCAAAACCUCGAAAUCCACAGACCCAUUAAUAGAACGAGCCACCACUCCACUCAGUACUUCUCCGAUCACAAACGGCAGCACGGGUGCUGUAGUUUCACCAUCUGGAGUCACCAUGGAACGUAAACUAUCUUCAAAGGGUAGUUUACAAGAUGAAUAUGGUGAAAAGAGACACCAAUUGGGUCGUGGUGCCAACGCUGUCGUACGGUUGUGUUGUCCUGCCAAUGGAGAGCCUGGUGAACGAUAUGCUAUCAAAGAGUUUAGGAAGAGGAGAAGAGAUGAGACGCCUAAGGAGUAUUUGAAGAAGGUGGUCUCUGAAUUCUGUAUCAGUUCCACUCUCAAGCAUGAGAACAUCAUCAAGACCGUCGAUCUCAUUCAAGAUGAGGGCAAGAACUGGUGCGAAGUCAUGGAAUACAUGGAGGGUGGUGAUUUGUAUGCUCGUAUCCACGCUGGUCUUGUAACAGACCAUGCAGAAAUCAACUGUUACUUCAAGCAAAUUGUUAAUGGAGUGAGGUAUCUCCAUUCAGAGAUGGGUGUUGCCCAUCGAGAUCUCAAACCAGAAAACAUCUUGUUGGACAAGUAUUAUCGAAUAAUCAAGAUUACCGACUUUGGUGUCUCGGAUGUGUUUAGAGCACCAAUGGAGAAGAAGAUUAGGAAGAUGAAGGGUGUUUGUGGUUCCUCUCCUUACAUUGCUCCAGAGGAAUUUGGAGAUGGUCCAGAUAGUGAGAGUGUUGAAUAUGAUCCAGAACCAGUGGAUGUGUGGGCUACCGGUAUCAUUCUAUACGUAAUGUACUAUAGUGCCAUUCCAUGGAAGAUUGCAGUCAAAACGGAUCCACGCUACAAGUACUAUCUGGAUCAUAAGAAUGGAUCCUUCUGGCCCAUAGAUCGAUUGAGCCCUGGCCCAAGGAGGUUACUCUAUCGAAUGUUGGAUCCAAAUCCAGAAACACGAAUCAAGAUAUCAGAGAUUGUUGAGGAUGAUUGGUUCAAGACUGUUGAAUGCUGUACCGACGCUGCUGCUGUACCUGGACAACAGGUCAAGCACAAACAUGAAUUACGUGAAUCAUUCUUCUUUCGAGGUCUCUACAGUCCUGGUGAUGAUGCUCAAGUUGAUAUCGUGGAUUUAGAGCACCUUUGGAGAAGAAGGGAAAGCGAAGGCUUCCUCUCUUUACAUUGGACCAGAGGUAUGAAUUUGGUGAUGUUCCAGAUAGCGAGACUUGAGCAUGAUCCAGAACCAGUGGAUGUGUGGGCUACAGGUAUCGUUGCAUGUGUGAUCUAUGUCUGUGCCAUGGACGAUUGCAUUCCAAACGGAUCCGCGCUACAGGUACCAUCUGGAUUUAAGAAUGAAUCUUUAGGCCCAAUGGUCGAUUGA